GGCUAUGGCCGCUUCUCCGGUUCCCGGCGGCGGCGGCGGCGGCGGAGGUGUGGGAGCUGUCCACUCCUGCAACGCGUCUGGCUUCGCCUUCGACUCGGGACUGGAGAUCAGAACGCGCUCGGUGGAGCAGACGCUGCUGCCCCUGGUUUCUCAGAUUACCACGCUUAUUAACCAUAAAGAUAAUAUCAAAAAGUCUGAUAAAACUCUGCAAGCAAUUCAACGGGUGGGACAAGCUGUCAACUUGGCAGUUGGAAGAUUUGUUAAAGUAGGGGAAGCUAUAGCCAAUGAAAACUGGGAUUUGAAAGAAGAAAUUAAUAUUGCCUGCAUUGAGGCUAAACAAGCAGGAGAGACAAUUGCAGCACUCACAGAUGUGACCAGAUUGAAUCACCUGGAAUCAGAAGGCCAGAUCCCAAUUUUGGCAGACAAAGCAGGAGUUGUGCAGGCCGCCAGGCUGCUGCUCUCCUCAGUGGCGAAGGUGUUGCUGCUGGCAGACCGUGUAGUCAUCAAGCAGAUAGUGACAUCGAGAAACAAGGUCCUUGCCACCAUGGAGAGACUAGAGAAAGUAAACAGCUUUCAGGAGUUUGUUCAGAUAUUCAGCCAGUUUGGAAAUGAGAUGGUGGAGUUUGCACAUCUAACGGGAGACAGACAAAAUGAUUUGAAAGAUGAAAAGAAAAAGGCCAGAAUGGCAGUGGCGAGGGCCGUUCUUGAAAAGGGCACCAUGAUGCUCCUCACGGCUUCAAAGACCUGUCUCAGGCAUCCCAGCUGCGACUCGGCCCAUAGAAACAAAGAAGGAGUGUUUGGCCGGAUGAGAGCGGCCCUGGAUAAGGUCAUCGAGAUCGUGACUGAGUGCAGACCAAAUGGAGAGACUGACAGCUCAUCUGCUAGCCUUUUUACUGGAAUUAAAGAACUGAAGUUGAAUAUUGAAGCUCUUCGGGAGAAUCUUUACUUUGAGUCCAAGGAGAACCUUUCUACUGCAUUGGAAGUCAUCUUGGAGCGUGUGGAGGACUUCACCGAUUCUGCCUACACCAGCCAUGAGCACAGGGAGCGCAUCUUGGAGCUGUCUGCUCAGGCGAGAGCAGAGAUGCAGCAGUUUGUUUCGGUGUGGAUGCAAGCUCAAAGCACGAAGACCAAGAGUGCAGCCGAGGAGCUGGAGCUCACCGUUCUGAGGGUCAGCCAUAGUCUCAACGAGCUGAGGAAGGAGCUUCAUCAUACGGCAAUGCAGCUGGCUGCCGACCUGUUAAAAUUCCAUGCGGAUCAUGGGGUUUUAAAAGCAUUAAAACUUACUGGAGUAGAAGGCAAUUUGGAAGCGUUGGCUGAUUAUGCCUGUAAGCUCUCUGAGCAGAAAGAACAGCUUGUUGAGACGUGUCGAUUGCUGCGGCAUGUGUCUGGCACGGAACCCCUUGAAAUAACCUGCAUACAUGCUGAAGAGACGUUUCUGGUGACUGGCCAACAGAUCAUCUCUGCUGCCGAAUCAUUGACGCUGCAUCCGUCCAGCAGAAUCGCCAAGGAGAAUCUGGAUGUGUUUUGUGAGGCUUGGGAGUCUCAGAUUGGCGACAUGGCGACGCUGCUGCGGGAGAUCAAUGACGCGUUUGAAGGGAGCCGAGGAGAGAAGUACGACCAUCUUUCGCUUCCAAAGCCGAUGAAGAACAAUGCAAACCUGAAAUCCUUAAAGCCUGACAAACCCGAUUCAGAGGAGCAAGCCAAGAUAGCAAAGCUGGGGCUGAAACUUGCUUUGCUCACCUCCGAUGCUGACUGUGAGCUUGAGAAGUGGGAGGAUCAAGAGAAUGAGAUCGUUCGACACGGCCGGAACAUGUCUAGGAUGGCCUAUUCUCUGUAUUUAUUUACUAGAGGAGAGGGGCCACUGAAGACAUCGCAGGACUUAGUGCACUUCCUAGAGGUUUUUGCUGCAGAGGGAUUAAAGCUUACAUCAAAUGUACAGACAUUUUCAAAACAGCUAAAAGAUGAUGACAAACUCAUGCUUCUCCUGGAAAUCAACAAGCUCAUUCCUCUAUGCCACCAGCUGCAGACAAUGACGAAGACAUCUUUGCAGAACAGAAUGAUCCUGAAGGUUGACAAGUGUAUUACAAAGAUAAGAUCCAUGAUGGCUCUUGUGGUCCAGCUCCUGUCGCUCUGCUAUAAGCUACUGAAGAAGGUGGAAAAUACCAGGUGGGUCUCAGCGGCAAAUAAAGAUACCAUGGAUGGUAAAACUUGAGCAGCCUGUAGUUCAUCUCUGGAAUGUCACGUGGCUCAGCUGACCUUUUUACAAAGCAAACGAUCCUUUGUCUUUUCGGAAAUUCCUCAGUUUUUAAAGAGAAUGCUGAAGUCUUUCUUUUUUUCUGAUCUACGAUUAGAAAGCUUACCAACAGUCAUUGCUGUGGGAGGACUAAGAGUCUAAUGGCAGUGCCGUUUUAAAGUCAACACUGUGUUCAGGAUGUUCUUCAGCACACACCAAAUAUGCCAGCGCUCUUAAUGCCAGCGGAAUCCCAAAGAUGCAAGCGUGAAUGAAUGUACACUCCCCUUUGGCAGCCUUAACUGCUCUAUGUAAGCCAAUUAUCUGCAACACUAAUUUCAGCAGAAAAUAUACAGUGGCCUGGUUGAAUGCAGACCGGUGGACUCUUCUUCAGUUCUUGAUAAGCAGAGUAAGGGUCCCUCAAAUGCCUGGUCACAUCCCUGCUCAGCACUGUUGCUUCUAACAAGCAUCUCACUGGGUAAGGUCAUUAGGUUACAUCUGUCCCAUUCCUGCUUCGGAAGGAAAACCACAGAAGUCACUCCAAAGAAUCCUGAAUCCUGGAGCAACUCCAGAAGAGGAAUGGCUUUUUAUUCAAGUUGUAGUAUGCAUAGCUGACCACACAGUCCUGGAUAGUGGAUGGAAUCCUAAGUAUUUCUUACUGGUUUCAAAAUAGUUUUGAACUAUCUUCAGUAUUGAUGGAAUGACAGGUGCAGAAGACAUCAGAACCAAGAGGCUGUUUAAGUUCCAGAAACCUAAGCACUGUGUUUUAUUAAUGUGGCAUUAGAAUGUUCAUUUUUAGUUUUCUUAACUCUAGGGUUAAACCUUCUCUUGCGCUGGGGAACAGACGCCUGUCUGCCUCACAAGCUGUGAGCAAAGCAAGGGCGAGACUGCGAGGGCACUCGGCGAUGUGCUGUGUCCCCAGUAUACAACAGGGCCGCGGGAAGGAGCAUGCGCAUUCUGCCUGUGCCAAACAACUCUCAUCUCUUUCGCUGCCACCACAGGUAUUAACACUACAUUUUCCCAAAGCACUGGAAUAAUCUUGCACCCGCCUGCUAUGGGAAAUGAUUGAAUGGAGCCCUCUCCUAUGAAAUAGUCAGGAUUGUUGCCAACUCAUACGAGUGAAAAUUCUGUGACUUCUUUUUAAACUGAGAAGCCGGAAGCUAAUUUCACUGGAUUAUCAGUGUAAAUAUUUUAGUAAUAAAGCAGAUCCCUCAAUAAAACUGGUAAGGAUCAUCAGGUAUGUGGUAACAAUGUCAUUAUCUUGGUCAACAAAAUAGGGAUUAUUAAUUAGUAUUAAACAUGAUAAUGUACACUUCAAUAAAAAUUAUGUUCAGUAAC